ACGAAAAGGGAUUUUAAAAACCUGCAACAAAUGUUGUGCCAAGGUUGGUAACGCAGGUUUACCGCUUCACUUGUAUGAAUUUAUCUCGUAAAGUUUAUCACGCAACAACGCUGCGGAAUGCACAACCUCCAAAGGAAUCAUAUUGACAGAACGAUGUCUAGUUUUAGUUGACUCGGAGAGUUUUUCCAAAUUAAACAUCAUGAUUUCUUUUGUAUAUUCAAAAGCCAUUUUCAAUUUGACAAUAUGAAUCUAUCGAUGAAUAAUUUACCAGAAGUGGACAGCAAUUCAUCUCCCACAGUCGAGAAUAUCGUGGAAGGAUGCAUCUUAACAAUAUUAUCUCUGGGAGCCAUUCUAGGAAACACCACCAUGUGGAUCAUAAUCUGUAGGAAUCGGGAGCUUCGGACUAUCACUAAUGCCUUCAUUCUCAGCCUUACGACAGCGGACCUAUUUGUGGCUGUCAUCAACAUUCCAGUGACGGUCCUCAGUCUGUUUCAUGGCAGUUGGCCCUGGAGUGAUAGUGUGUGCCGAUUCUUUGGUUUUACAAAUAUGCUAACGUUAGUGACAAGUGUUAUGUCUCUGUGUAACAUCAGUAUUAAUAGGUAUAUCAUGGUAUGUAAGCCCGUCUACUUCAAAAGAAUAUACACCAGAAGAAAUGCUGCUCUUAUGAUUUCGGCUUGUGUACUCAUCUCGAUGUUCCUGUCGAGUUUUCCUCUCUUUGGCUGGGCAGAAUAUGCGUUUAUAAGGAAACAGAUGUUUUGUUUUUGUGACUGGACUACGGCCCCAUCCUACGCUUUCUUCAUGAUCUCUGUUUGCUUUGGGAUUCCCUUCAGUGUUAUGACAGUUUGCAAUGCUUUCAUAUUCAGAACAGUGAGAGCAAGCAAGCGGCGAGUAACUGCAGCUUCUGGUAAUGUGGGUUCCUCUAAAGUUGAUGACCAAGAACUUAAUUCAAGCACUCCAAAUACAGUGACGAAAGAUGACGUAUCAAAACCUCAUGACGUCACAAUAUAUAUCAACGAUCGAUCAUCCUUUCAUCAAAGCGAUAAUAAUCGUGCUGAUAAUCAAUCAAGUAUAAACACCAAUAAUAACGGAAAAUAUUUCAAUAGAAAAAAUACUACAUUGACCAACAUGAGUAGAAAGAAAUCAAGAACAGGUAAAUCGAGGACAGAAGAGGUACGACUAGCAAUGGUUCUAGCUAUUGUGGUGCUCCUAUUUGUUAUAUCAUGGCUUCCUUAUUGCGUCAGCAUGUUGCUGGAAAUUUUUGCAAAAGACAAAGUUCACAGCGCGUUUCAUAUGGCCACGAUUAUGUUGGGUUAUUCUAACAGUGCUAUUAACCCUAUUGUUUAUGGCGUCAUGAACAAGAAAUUUGGAGAUGGCUUCAGACGUCUUUUGUGUUGUUGUAAGAAGUUUUAAUUCAAAGGACCACACUACCAUCGAAUUAUUUGGAAAGAUUUUUGUGAUCCGUGGAAAUCUCUAAUGGUUUAUUCAAAACGGGCACAUUAUGUAUGUGAGCAAUGUAUAUAAUAUGUAUUGUUUCAUAAGAAAAACAAUAUAA